CUCCUUUCCUGCUUCACCUCUGUCCCUGCCGCGUCUCCCUGGCACCGGGGCCUGUUAGGGAUUUAUCGGUAACAUUCCGUGUCCGUACCCAGGCCGGCGGCGAUACACCCACAAUACCGGGGAGUCCUCCUUUUUGCUGAGGUGCAGGAGACACACAGUCCAACAUGAAUUUCCUUAGAGGAGUAAUGGGAGGGCAGCAGAGCUCUGGACCCCAGCCAUCCGGAGCCGAAACCAUCCAGAAGUUAUGUGACAGAGUAGCUUCAUCAACUUUACUUGAUGACAGAAGAGAUGCAGUACGGGCUCUGAAGUCUCUGUCAAAGAAAUAUCGCCUUGAAGUGGGAACGCAAGCUAUGGACCAUCUCCUGAAUGUCUUGCAGACUGACCGCUCUGAUUCAGAAAUUAUUGGCUUUGCUCUGGAUACUCUGUAUAAUAUAAUUUCAAAUGACGCAGAGGAGACUGAGGAAAAUCAGCAGGUACAGAGCGAUGAUCUGGCAGUUCAGUUUGCAGAGGUGUUCAUUAAGCAGCAAGAAAAUAUCACGCUCCUGCUGUCUAUUUUGGAGGAGUUCGACUUUCAUGUUCGCUGGCCUGGAGUGAAACUACUGACCGCUCUUCUGAAACACCAGGGUCCCCAAGUUCAGCAAAUUGUAUUAGUUAGUCCGAUGGGUGUUUCAAGACUGAUGGAUUUGCUUGAUGACUCUAGAGAGGUCAUUCGAAAUGACGGACUUUUAUUGCUACAGCAAUUGACAAAAAGUAAUGCUGCUAUUCAGAAGAUAGUCGCAUUUGAAAAUGCCUUUGAGAGACUUCUCGACAUAAUCACCGAAGAAGGAAACAGUGAUGGGGGUAUUGUGGUAGAGGAUUGUCUUUUGUUGCUGCAAAACCUCUUGAAAUAUAACAACUCCAACCAGAACUUUUUCAAAGAAGGUUCAUACAUCCAGCGCAUGAAACCAUGGUUUGAAGUAGGAGAUGAUAAUUCGGGUUGGUCUGCUCAAAAAGUAACAAAUCUCCAUUUGAUGCUUCAGCUUGUCAGAGUGCUGGUGUCCCCAGUUAACCCACCUGGUGCCACCAGUAGCUGCCAAAAGUCUAUGUUCCAAUGUGGCUUGCUGCAGCAGCUCUGUAUAAUCUUAAUGGCAACUGGGGUUCCCGCUGACAUUCUAACAGAGACUAUAAACACAGUGUCUGAAGUUAUCAGAGGCAGUCAAAUUAACCAGGACUACUUUGCUUCUGUAAAUGCUCCAUCGAAUCCUCCAAGACCAGCAAUUGUAGUGCUUUUGAUGUCCAUGGUGAAUGAAAGGCAGCCGUUUGUCUUAAGAUGUGCGGUUCUGUACUGUUUCCAGUGCUUCCUUUACAAGAAUCAGAAGGGUCAAGGAGAAAUUGUGUCAACACUGCUUCCUUCAACUAUUGAUGCCACCUCAUUGUCAGCUGGACAGCUUCUCUGUGGAGGUCUCUUUUCCACAGACUCUCUUUCCAAUUGGUGCGCUGCAGUCUCUCUAGCUCACGCGCUGCUUGAAAACUCUACUCAGAAGGAGCAGUUGCUCCGAGUGCAGCUUGCAACAAGUAUUGGGAACCCGCCAGUCUCCUUGUUGCAACAGUGUACCAACAUCCUCUCGCAGGGGGAUAAGAUCAACAGACGGGGAAGCAAGAUGCAGGCAAGAGUUGGACUCUUAAUGCUGCUUUGCACGUGGCUAACCAACUGCCCCAUCGCCGUCACACAUUUUCUUCACAAUGCAGCAAAUGUUCCCUUUCUUACAGGGCAGAUUUCCGAAAACCAGGGAGAAGAGGAGCAUCUGGUCCAAGGCCUGUGUGCACUGCUGCUCGGCAUCUGCAUUUACUACAAUGAUAACUCACUUGAAAACAACACCAAAGAGAAGCUGAAGCAACUGAUAGAGAAAAGGAUCGGUAAAGAAAACUUCACAGAGAAACUAGGUUUCAUUACCAAGCACGAAUAUUACUCAAAGGCGGCCCAGAAACCCCAGCCUAUCUUUUCAAGUCCUGACCAAAUGAUGUUUGAUCACGAAUUUACCAAACUUGUUAAGGAGCUAGAAGCUGUAAUUACAAAAGCCAUUUACAAAUCGAGUGAAGAAGACAAGAAAGAGGAAGAAGCAAAGAAGUCUUUGGAGCAACAGGACAGCAUUAUAUCUCACUACAAAAGUGUCAUCAGGGAGCAGGAUUUACAGAUGGAAGAGCUGAAGCAAACGGUUACUUCAUUGCAAGCUAAAAAUGAGCAGUUCCAGACAACAAUUUCCCAGCAGUUGGCCCAAAUUCAACAGCACAAAGACCAGUACAAUCUUCUCAAGGUACAGCUAGGGAAAGACAGUCAGCAUCAUAACAGCAGUGCACAAAUGAAUGGAUUCCAGCCUGAAGAGGUAACCAGGUUAAAAGAAGAAAUGGAGGAAUUGCGGAAACAACACGAUUCACUAGAAGGGGAGCUGUCUGAAAAGAAUGCUUUAAUCGAGACAUUGAAACAGGGUCAGGUGGUCGCUGAAAUAGUGCAGCCAGCUGGUGAAUCAGAACAGAUUGCAGAUCUUAAAAAGGAAAUGGAAACUUUACGAUCACAGUUACAGGUUCAGUCUACAGAAAUCAACAGAUUGCAAGCAGAAAGAAUGGAAUUCCUUCAGACGAUAGAAAAUAACGCUCCAGCUUCUGCAUCGGGUGUCCACACGGUGUCUGCAUCUCCGAAAAACACAGAACUGGAAGAGAAAGUGGGGACAUUGGUACAAGAAAUUACAACUUUAAAGGGGGAACUUAAAAGCUUGUCUGAGGAGAAAUCAUCUUUGAUGCAGCAGCUAGAUACAGCUCAGAGUACAGCAGCAAUUUUACAAGAUGAAAAACGUAAAAUGCAGCAAGAAUUGACAGAGUCAAAGAAAGAGCAAGAUGACCUCUUGGUACUUCUUGCAGAUCAAGAUCAGAAAAUCUUUUCUCUUAAGAAAAAACUCAAGGAACUUGGAGAGCCAGUGGAUGAUGAAGAUGAGGAUUUGGAGUCCGGGGAUGCAGGAGACUUAGAUGAUGAUGACGACGACGAUUAUGAAGAUGAUGAAGCAAUUAAUGAUGAUGAAGCUGGCAGAGAAGAUGAUUAGAAGCAAAAAAUAUUAUCAAUAAAGAAAAAUAAAUCCAUAGUGAUUUCCCUAAUGCAUCAUACUGCAGUGAGGGAAUCAUCGCCAAAGGGACUGUUAUCUUGGUUUGAGAACUGUUGCAAUCUAAAACCCCAAGCCCAAGCCACAAAAAAAAACUCUUUGGGUAGAUUAUGAUUUAAAGCCUGUCUGGAAUAUCAUUCCAGGUGUUAUUUGGGGUGUUACACAAUACUAAAAUAUGGCAUUGCAAUUCUAUCAAACUCGUGUUUUCAGUUUCCACAUUGAGUAAGGACUGUCUCUGGACCACUCUGGAUCUCUGUCUUGCGUAAGCCAACUUGUUUGCUCUUUCAAAAGGUAAAAACUGCAAAGCUUGCUAAAUAAGAAGUCUAUAAAUCUAUUCCAUGUUUUGUUUUUGGUUUUUGUUUUGGUUUUUUAGCUUGUUCAGAUAUGUGUGGCAGACAUGAAAAAGAGUGUUUAGUGCCUUCACAGCUAAAACAACUGUGUGAUGACCACAUUAUACUUUGCCACAAAUGCAAGGGCAUCAGUCAUGUUGUCAUGUUAGACAUUUUUAUUUGCGCCAUGUAUUUUUAAUUACAGACAAAAAAUAAGAGGUAACAGAAUACUACUAGCAGCUUGGUUUUAGACUAACCACUUGCAAUUCAAGGCUGUACUGUGCAAUUGAAUAAAAGUGAGGACAAAAAGUAAUUUAUUGGCUUAAACCGAGCCGCGUUUAAUUAAGUUCAGCAUAACAUUUUAAAGCAUUGAGUUAAAAAAAUACUCUAAUUUGAUGUUUUACUAAUAAAAUAGAUUAUACAUUUAUGAAAA